GGGGCCCGCUCGGCCCCCAGCCGUUGCUGCGCGGCUGACUCGGCUGUCCUUGCAGAGCUGGUCAACGCCGACAAGGCAGCGGGUCGUGUGCGCAAGUACAAGAUUAUCUUCAGCCCCCAGAAGUUCUACCCGUGCGAACUGCUGUUGGAGGAGGAAGGGAUCUAUGGUGAUGUGACCUGGGAUGAGUGGUCCUUCUCACUUCUCCCUGUGGAUGAUGACAUCAUCAGCAUGGAGCUGCCUGAGUUCUUCCGUGAUUAUUUUCUGGAGGGGGACCAGCGGUGGAUCAGCACCGUGGCCCAGGCUUUGCAGCUGAUGAACUCUCUCUUUGGCCCAUUCACCAAGACAUAUGGAAUUGGGCGGUGUGCCAAGAUGGUCCAUGAGCUUUGGCGUGAAAUAGCAGAAGAGAGUGAGGUUGACAGCAUGGGCCGGAAGCCUGAGAUCGGCCAGGUCUUUCUCAUAGACAGAGAUGUAGAUUAUGUCACAGCCCUUUGCUCUCAGGUGGUCUAUGAAGGCCUGGUGGAUGAUACCUUCCGCAUAAAAUGUGGAAGUGUGGAUUUUGGUCCAGAUGUUACCUCUUCUGACCGAAGCAUUAAAGUCCUGCUGAAUUCCCAAGACAAGGUAUUCAGCAAAAUCCGCAAUGAACACUUUUCCAAUGUCUUUGGUCUCCUGAGUCAGAAGGCACGGAACCUACAAGCCCAGUAUGAUCGACGACGUGGGAUGGAUAUCAAGCAGAUGAAGAACUUUGUCUCCCAGGAACUGAAAGGCUUGAAGCAAGAACAUCGCCUGCUGAGCCUCCAUAUUGGGGCCUGUGAGUCCAUCAUGAAGAAAAAAACCAGACAAGAUUUCCAGGAAUUGUUGAAGACAGAACAUGCCCUUCUGGAAGGGUUUGACGUCCGGGAGAGCAUCAGCUUCAUCGAAGAGCACAUCGACCGGCAGGUCACCCCGAUUGAGAGCCUAAGGAUGCUUUGCCUGUUGUCGAUCACAGAGAAUGGGCUUGCGUCCAAGGACUACCGCUCCUUGAAAACCCAGUACCUACAGAGUUACGGACCGGAGCACCUGCUGACCUUCCACAACCUGAAGCAUUUGGGGCUGUUGACAGAGCAAGUGUCCGGCGAAACUCUGACGGCUGUGGAGAACAAAGUCAGCAAGCUGGUGACUGAUAGAGCUGCAGAGAAGCUCUCAGAUGCCUUCAGUUCACUGGCCAGGAAGAACAAUUUCCGAGCCAUAAGCAAGAAACUCGGUCUGAUCCCACGCGGGGAUGGAGAGUAUGACCUGAAAGUGCCCCGGGACAUGGCUUACGUAUUCAGCGGCGCCUACAUCCCCCUCAGUUGCAAGAUAAUGGAACAGGUGCUGGAGCGCAAGAGCUGGCUAGGCCUGGAAGAGGUGACAAGGCUGCUCGGGGGCCAUGAGUUUGUCACAGCUGCAGAAGAGCCUCGAGCUUCAGCCUCCCAGCAAGUCGUCCUGGCUGUCUUUUUAGGGGGCUGCACCUUCUCUGAAAUUGCUGCUCUCCGCUUCCUUGGCAGAGAAAGAGGGCUCCGGUUCAUAGUCCUGACCACAGCCAUCACCAAUAGUGCUCGCCUGCUGGAAUCCACCAUGGAGAUAAGGAUGUGACCACGUCCAAGGUGACGGGGUGCUGGAAAAGGCCUUGGCGCUCUGCCCAGGAAGGGAAAGGCUGGGUUCUCACCAGCUGGAGAAUCACCAUCUUUUACCAUCUAGGGAGCAAGAAGAGCACGGGAGGCGUCCCCUUUGGCCUUCCGCUGGGAUCUCUGCUUCAAGCUUUGCGUUAGUUGGAAGGUGCCUCUUCAGAAAUGGGGCUCUCCUUGGAGAGGAAGUGUCCAGCGAAGCAGAGAAGGGCACAGCAGCGGAAGAAAACGAGAACUGCCUUGAGUCUAAGGAAGAAAGUGCAGAAUGACAGGCACUCUUUCCCCCUCACCCAGGAGGAGGAAGAAAAAACUCUCCCUAAAUGUAAAGAAACCCUCCCUAGGGCCCAGUUUCCCCAUCUUUCCAGCCUCCAGCUACCCUGGAAACUUUUCUCCUGCAGUGCGUGGUUCUGCAUAUAAUGUGCAUAUACAUCCUUGCCAGAAGCCACAUUCCAAAAGGGACAGAGCAAAAUAACAGAUCAAGAUUAAUUGAAAGAAUUGCUACUGAUUAAAACUAAUUGCCUGUCA